GACUUUGAAUCUUCUGGAAAUUGUUAAGGAACAUAAAUUCUGUAACAUAGAUUCUUCUUACCAACACUUACACAGAAACAAAAAAGAUAUUGAUAUAAAAAAUAUAAACAAAAGAAUAGAUUAUAGAAUUUCCAUAAUUUUUUGUAUAUCUGACUGCUAUUGAUGAAAUUUAAUUAUGUGUGGAUUAAACUCAAUUUUGGCAGAACCGUAAUAAUAAAAUUAAUGAUUAAUAUUAUUCACAUGAAAAUAAUCGCAAUAUUUAAUUUUA